AUAUUCACAAUAUAAUAUCACAUGUAGAACAGCUGUUGUUUUGUUUUUAAAUUAAUUUCCUCAAGACUAUUCCAUCUAUGUCGUAACUAAGCUGCAAGAAAAAAAAUAUAUUAUUACAAAAUGAACGUACUCAGGGUCGCUUAUUUAGCUGCGAAACCUAAAAUAUGUUCUUUAAAUAACCAAAAUUUUCAUAAAAACAUAUUGAUAAAUUCAUAUCUAGGAUUUAAUAAAUUCUCUAGUCAGACAACAAAAAAUGAAACACGACAAAUUAAAGUAUAUUAUGGAAGUUUAACACCUCGGAUGAAAGCUGUUAAAGUAUUUUCAUUAACAACAAGUUUAACUGGUUUAUUAGCACAACCCGUAUUAUUAGAGCAAGGAACUAAAAUAGGUGGUACGGGUAUGGCAAUAUUUUUAUGUGGUUUUGCUGGAUUUUUUACUUUUGUCACACCUUUCCUGUUACAUAUAAUUACAAGAAAUUAUGUAACGGAGUUAUUUUACGAUCUCAAUAGAGAUGAGUAUACAGCGAAUACUAUUUCACUGUUUUUACAAAAAUUGGAGACAAAAUUUAAAGUUGAUGAUGUUAAAGUUCCCGAAGUACCUGGAAUGUUUACUUCAAUACAAGUUGGAAAAACAUCACUUUUCUUAGAUCCAUCUCAGUUUACUGAACCAGAUCAUUAUGUUAGAAUAAUGGGUUAUGACAAGCCAAUAGAUUUCAAACUUGAAUUUAAAGAAUUAGAUCAACUUAAUAAAAAAGAAAGGAUUGAGGAAAAUAAAUAAAUUGAUAGGAAAAAGUGUACA